UCAGAAACAUUGAUCGAUAACUCCAGAUUGGUACGAUGAGUCGUGGUGAGCUGGCUGUCCUGGUGGGCGUGGCCUCGCUGCUGUCCACCGUCCAGUGCGACGUCGGCUGUGGAGGAACAGAUGGAAAAGUGGGAGAACCUGGAGCUCCCGGGAGAGACGGCUGGCCUGGAGUGAAGGGACAGAAGGGAGAGCCAGUUGCGUCGGCCUCCGGUCCGGUGGAUCCGGUCGUGCUGCUGAGGCAGAGGGGGGAGAAGGGGAGUCGGGGUCCGCAGGGGACCAUGGGCCCCAAAGGUUACGCCGGUGAUUUGGGAGCGGCUGGUCGCCCCGGUAACCCUGGCCCCCCUGGUCAGCCCGGGAAGAACAUCGGCCACAGCCAACAGGCCUCCAAUCAGGGAGCCCGGUCAGCUUUCUCCGUCAUCCAGACGACUUCCAGCCAUCUGCCCUACAGACAGAAAAUAACCUACGACAACACUGUGGUCAACAUCCCCGGAGAUCUUGAUGCAAACACGGGCAUCUUCACCUGCAGGAUACCCGGCGCUUACUAUUUCACCUUCAACACCGUUGCCAGGGUCAGCUUGUGUUUGGGAAUCGCCAGCGACGCUCUGGACAACAAGGUCGUAUUCUGUGACUACCACAAGUUCAACAGGAAUGAACAGGUGCUGACGGGGGGCCUGGUCCUACAGCUGGCGCAGGAUCAGACGGUCUGGCUCGAGUCCGUCAGGGACCAGCAGACGGAGGCCGAUGGACGAGACACCAGAGAGAAAAAGAUCUUCUUCAAUGGUUUCCUGCUCUUCUCAAAUGCAGCAGGAAGUUAAUUCGUCCAGUCAGACUCCAACGCAGCCAAGAACUUGUUUUUGAAAAGAAAUAACUGAAUAAAUAUGUAUUUAGACAACCUGAUUAGUGUGCACCUGUAAAACAUCUACUGAACACUGAAGCUGAAAUUAAAGGCUGUGUUUUAAUGUGGCUGCUACAUGUUUGAUGAGAAAUGUACGAUUAAAACUGUUGUUGGUUCUGUUGUAGCUCGUCUCACUGGUCACGUUUUAACGCCAUCACAGUUCAAAGCUAAAGUUCAAAAUAGAAAAUAAAUCUAAACUGCUCAGGAGCCCUUAAAAUUCCAUAUUUGUUGAGAAAGUAUUAUUUAAUAGUGAAAUGAAUGAAAGUGUCGGUCAUUGU